CUUCAGCAAAGCAGUCCGAAGCGUGUGUAGCCAGCACAGGAGCACGCAAGCGAUCCAGCAAGCAAAAAAGCAUCGUGCGCCGCUGGCUUUAUGAGUAGUGAGCUACCAUGUUGUGUUGAAGUACAUAAUGGUAUCCUAUCUAUGGCAUUCUGUGAUAUCAUAAUUUUUGUGCUGAAAACUAUUAAAGUACAUAAUACCUGUAAAAUUCAACUUGUGAGGGAUUUCUGCUUAAUCAGAUAAUUUUAUCGAAAUGACAUGUAAAUUUCUAGUACGGUAACUCACAAGUGGGUAGUUUGAGUUGUGAUUUACUGCAAUAGUAUCAAUUAAUCACAACCAUGUCUUAUCCUGGUCAACCACCCAUGGGUAUUCCAGGAAUGCCACCAAUGCCAUACAUGGUUAGCGCACCACCUCCGAUGAUAGGUGGAGUGAUGCCUAUGGCACAUAUGAUACCAACACCCGUAUCUGCGAUGCAGACAUCAGCGCCUGCCGUCCGUUAUUCACGCAAUCAGAAUCGUCACGAUAACAAUCGAAGACGUGAGAGGGAAUCUGGUCCGCCUGUCACAGUAUUUAUUGGUAACAUAAUGGACAGGGCACCUGAUGUAAUGAUGAGACAUAUUUUGAGCGCAUGUGGACAUGUGCUUUCUUGGAAGAGAGUGCAAGCGUUUGGCUUUUGUGAAUUUGCUGGCCCUGACGCGGGUCUCAGAGCUGUGAGAUUACUUCAUGAUAUGGAAAUAGGCACUAAAAAACUCGUUGUCAAAGUGGAUGCUAAAGCUAAAGUAGCUCUGGAUCAAUUUAAAGCUGAGCGAAGAAAGAAACUCAAAGGUGGUCAAUCGCCUUUACAAGACGAGAUAUCUGGUGAAGGAGCAGAUGGUGAAGAGAACGAAGAUUAUAUGGACGAAGGCAUGAGAGUGGUUGAUGCAGAUGCGCUUACUCGUAUCAAUCAGAUCAUAGCUGAACACGCUGCGGAUUUGGAAAUGGCACAGGUAGCUCCAGAAGAACAUCAGACCAAAAUGGUAGCUAAAUCCUUAAAUCUGGAUGAUGCGGAGAUAGAAGAAAGUAAAAGAGACUUGAUUACUCGAGAAAUUGGCAAAUUCAGGGAAGUCAUGAAGAAACAAGAGGAGGAGAAGGCCCAAGUGAAACGAAAGAAGGAAGCUGUUGAAAAAGAGGAGCGCGAGAAACGAGAGAAAGAGCGACGUGAUAAACGUGAUGACGAUGUCUCGAAGGAUGAUCAAGAUGGAGAUUCGGGUAGUCCUACAUCUCAUAAAGGUCGUAGUGGAAGUACUGGCAGCAGUAGAAGAGACAAACGUCGAUCUAGAUCUAGAUCUAAAGAACGUGACAGGGAUCGAACGAGGAGUGACCGGGAUCGAGACAGAGAUCGUGAGAGAGAUCGAGAACGGGAACGGGAACGAGAUCGGGAUCGCGAGAGAGAACGCGAACGGGAACGUGAACGAGACAGAGAAAAGGAGAGAGAUCGAGAACGGGAAAGAGAACGGGAGCGAGAAGAAGUGAGGAAAUCCGAGAGAGAAAUUAUGCGUGAAAGAGAGGAGGAGGAAGAGGCGAAAGAGAGAAAGAAAAAUGAGAGACGAGCCAGAGAAAAAGAGGCGGCAUAUCAGGAGCGUCUAAGAGCGUGGGAGACGCGUGAACGACGCAAACAGAAGGAAUAUGAGAAGGAAGCCGAGAAGCGUCGUGCAAAACGAGAAGCGAGAGAGAGGGAGGCAAAGCGUCUAAAAGAAUUCCUCGAAGAUUAUGAUGACGAUCGUGAUGACGCCAAGUAUUACAAAGGAAAAGAAUUAUCUCGUCGGCUCGAGGAACGAGCUCUUGAAGCAGAGGCGGAUUCGCGGGAUCGUUGUGCCGAACGUCAAGAACUCCAACGUCUACGCGACAAACUAUAUGCAGAUACGUCCAAUCCGGAUCCUGCUGCAGAAUUUGAACGAUUAAAAGCUGAGAGAGAGGAACAGUACAAGCCUAAACCUGUAAUUACUAUAAUUGACGAAGAAGAUGACAAGGCAACGAAAAAAGAGAAGGAAGUGAUGCCGCCAAUAGAAACCGAGCCAAUAGAAAGCGAUAGCGAUGAUGGCGUGCAAUUUGAUGACGCUUCCCAGCCGGAAACACCAUCCAGAACGCCGCCGCGACAUCAUCAUCAUCAUCGUCGGCAUCAUAGACAUCAUCAAAAUCAUCAUCGCGACGGCGAAGAAAAUCACGAGGGUCUUAUGGAGGUGGAUGAAGAGAGCAUAAAAGACGUACGACCAUCGCCGCAUCUAUCGGUUGCGACUCCUGCUCAAUCCAUUCCACCCUCACUGGACGAAGAUUCGCGUAUGUCUCUCGUCAGUGAACCAGAAAAGACGAGCGGUAGUAAUUUUGUUCCAUUUGCUAUGGGAAAUGCGGGAAAUCGUCCUAGCGAUCACAAUGUAGGCGGUAAAACUCCCGUCAGUCCUAGUACUGUUAAUACAAAUUUGCAACAAACGAAUCAAACACGAAAAAAAGGUCGUAUCGAUGUUAAAGAUGUUUUCAAUAACGAUGAUGAUGACGACGCGGCUAAUAACGCGAAAAAACGUAAACUUGUACCUUUAGAUUACGGUGAUGAAAAGAAAAAGAAAGCUGAAGAACCGGCGAAGACGGGAAAAGAAGAAAGUACAAAGAGCCAAGAAGAAAAGCGAAAACACAUAAAAUCUCUCAUAGACAAGAUACCUACUGAUAAGAACGCAUUGUUCGGUUACCAACUCGAUUGGGCAAUCAUCGAUAACACAUUAAUGGAGAAGAGGAUAAGACCUUGGAUUAACAAAAAGAUCAUCGAAUACAUUGGUGAGCCGGAACCUACCCUAGUGGAUUUUAUCUGUAGCAAAGUAAUGGCGGGUAGUUCUCCUCAGGGAAUACUCGACGAUGUUCAGAUGGUACUUGACGAAGAAGCGGAAGUGUUUGUAGUCAAAAUGUGGAGGCUGUUGAUUUACGAAGUAGAAGCGAAGAAAAUGGGAUUAGUGAAAUAAAUAAAUCAAAUAUAUCACAUCCGCAAAAAAAAAAAAAAAACAUUCAUUAACUCGUGAAUUAUACAUGUAUUAUGCGAGCGCGUGAAACUUUCGAUUUGAAAACUGUGUAGAAAUUGUGUGUAUUUACACACAAUUUGCCGUUGUAUUCUCUUUCUCUCUCUCUCUCUCUCUCUUUAUUAUAGAAAUCCUUUUCUAAACAAAAAUCACAAGUGUUGCUCGAUAGAUGGUCUAAGUGUGUAGCAACUAGUGUUAAAAAUAAACUUCUAUAAUUGUGUAAUA